AUGAGCUCUAAUAUGUCCAUAUAUACAACUCUACUUACUUUGGAAUCACUGGACAUUUCACUGACUUCUGUUAUACCAGUGUUCAUGUUUGGAACCCUUACCUAUUGUACUAUCUUGUUUUUCAAUGUUACAUUACUGCUAAUAAUUGCUCUGAACCAAAAACUUCAUAAACCUAUGUACAUACUGUUAUUUAACAUGCCAAUCAAUGACAUUGUAGGUGCCACUGCUUUUUUUCCUCAGCUUAUCUUGAGUAUAUUAUCUCAGAAUAGAUCAAUCACGUAUUCUGCAUGUUACAUACAAGCCUUCUUGGUACAUUUGUAUGCGUUUGGAACACUUCUUAUUCUGUCCGCUAUGGCUUAUGACAGGUAUAUUGCAAUCUGCUAUCCAUUGAAAUAUAACACCAUUAUGUCUCCAAAUAGCUUGCUAAAGAUAAUAAUUACUGUAUGGUCCAUAGCUUUUACAGAGGUUGGUUUUCUACUUGGUCUGACCUACCGUCAAGAGAUAUGUAGCACAAAAAUAGUAGACACUUUCUGUAAUAAUCCAAGUUUGAUGAAGCUUAUAUGUGGGGACAUUAAUGUGACUAAUUACUAUGGACUGACUGUUACAGCUGUGCACCAAUGUAUAACACUGUUUAUAAUGUUAUUUACGUACAUCCAAAUCUUAUUCACCUGUGUCUAUAAAAGACAGUCUGAUGCUAAAAGCAAAGCUAUUCAGACAUGCAGUACACACCUAAUUGUUUUCUUAUGUGUAGAAUUCAGUGGACUAUUUGCCUUAAUUUCACACAGGUUUGAGAAUGUAUCCCAGUACGUAAGAAGGCUCUUUGGUGCAUGUGUGAUGAUAUUUCCUCCUAUUAUUAAUCCUCUAAUAUAUGGAUUGAAAACAAAAGAAAUUCAAAGGAAGAUUUUUGUUUUCUUCCCUAAAAAGACAUCUCCAUCAUGA